AUGAUAAUCACUGAUCGUACGUUGUACGUAAAUACACAAGCUGCAUUUGCGCAGGCGUUUUCCGGAGGCCACGGAUUCUCGGACGGACACGUGGUCCAGUCGAGUGACAUGACCGUGUCAGUAAUAAACAAUCGAAAUAGAGAUUGCGUGGCGUGUCGGCUUGUGAGUGGAGCUGGCCUCAUUGGUGCUGGUCUUUACGUGUCCCACCAUUCCAAGAGAUUUACAAAAACGACCGGCAAGACGAUUAUGUUCUCGAUUGCAAGUGCUCUCGUGAUACUGGGGUCAACGAGGAUACUAGAUUUGCCACCGUUCCGUAAUCAGUUCAGUCAUGACUGAACGGAAAUUCCGCAAAUGUAAACGACAGCGAUAUUUGUAUUAAUUUUAUAUUUUAAUUGUUCGUAGUCACGAGUUGACGAUUGGUAGAAUAAAUUUUCUUAUAAAAAACUUA